AUGCCACGCGGACUUCAAACAGCACGCAAGCUCAAGACCAUCAGAAGAGACAACCGUUGGGCUGACUUGCAGUACAACAAGAAGGCCCUUGGUAACUUCUGGAAGACCUCGCCAACCGGUGGUUCCUCUCACGCAAAGGGAAUUGUCCUUGAGAAGGUCGGUGUUGAGGCUAAGCAGCCAAACAGUGCUAUCAGAAAGUGUGUGCGUGUUCAGCUCAUCAAGAACGGCAAGAAGGUUACUGCUUUCGUACCAAACGAUGGUGGUCUCAACUUUGUCGACGAGAACGACGAGGUACUUAUCUCUGGUUUCGGUAAGAAAGGUAAAGCCAGGGGUGAUUGUCCUGGUGUCCGUUUCAAGGUCGUUAAGGUCUCCGGUGUUGGUAUUUCAGCAUUGCAAGUUACAAUAAUUCAUUCAGAAAACCUACUAACCUUACUGCAGAUGGAGAGGUAUCAAGGAGAAGCCAAGAUCUUAAGAGCUACGCUUUGCGUUGUUCUGGCUUCAAGACCAGCUGACAACAUCAAGAUUAACAAAUUUUCCAAGUCAUUGAUGUCAUUUCGUUCCAAGUGA